UCUCAAGAUGUCGGAGGAGAGAGUAGUGGCAGAGUCAUCCCAAGGGAUUUCUUCCCAUAAUCAUGUAGAUUUCAUGAAACCACCAAAACUAAGUUUCAAACUUCAUAAAUUAAGUGAGCUCCCUGACGCGUUCACACCAUGGGAGAGUGUCGAACUUCCUAUAGACGUACUGCUUGUUACCGCAAAAGAUUGCGAAUUUUUGAGUUGCUUCAGCUAUCUCAGAAACCCACAUCAGAGUCACUACCGGGGUCUCGGGAUUGUGCACUUUGGAGAAAUGGUUGAUGUUAAACACAAAUUGAAUGUUUGCUUGAUACGAUGCUCUGAAGGUGCAGCAGCUCCCGGCGCAGCCCUGAGCAAGGUUAACACUGCCGUCAUAAUAUUGCAACCCAAAGCUGUUUUUUGCGUCGGGUUUUGCGGCGGUCUGUCCUACGAGAAAGUCAAGUUAGGAGAUGUCGUGAUCUCAGCAAAAAUAAUCACGUACGCGCAUAAAAAAGUCAUGAAUGAUCGAGAGCAACCUCGUGGUUAUGAGGCUCCUGUUAGCCGUGAUAUAGCUGACCUCAUCAAACACGCUGCCAGUGGAUGGAAGCCCCCAAUAAUGAAGAAACCGGAAGUAGAUUGGGAGCCGGUUGUACAUUGCGAUGGUGUUAUUUUGAGCGGCCCUGAGCUUGUGAAUUGCGAGUGGCGACGAGAAGAACUCCUUGAAAGAUACCCUAAAGCGAUCGCAAUCGAAAUGGAGGGUGAAGGUAUUUUUGCUGCAGCUCAUGAUCUUAAGAUGGAGUGGGUUGUUAUAAAAGGCGUGUCAGAUUAUGCUGAUGGCAACAAGUCAAAAACUGAAGAGUGGCAACCAGUUGCAAGUGUCAUGGCAGCGUCUGUUGUGGCCAACAUGUUAAAAUUUCCUGGUGUACUCAAAGACUGGGAGCAUUACAGGGGAUUGAAACACCCACCAUCAGGUUCUAGUUCAGCUUUAGGAAAGGCAGUUCUAGCUGGCGCUGUGAUGGUGCUUCUCAUUGCAAUCAUGUACUUCUUCUUUACAAGUCCUCAAGCGAACAUAAAGGAUUUCAGAAUACCAAAGGAUGACGUGAUAGACACCAACCCAAAAGGCACGCCACCUGAGGAUCCACUAACUACAUUGCUGCAGUCCAUCACUGGGGGACCCCCUGGUCAGGUGAAUUACAAGGGUCGAACUAUAAGCUACAGAGCACAAGGUCGAAUUCACUCCCUGGAUGAGCCGUGGGUUUACGAUGGUACAGCUUGGGACAUUCAAAGUGGAACAAAAGCGAAAGUGAAACACUAUGAGCAAAGCGGAGAUGCUGUUAAAGAUGCUGUAGCAGAGGUCAUAAAGAAACUCAAAGAACAGGGGAUAAUUAAAGACUGAUUUUCCACCUCGUUCACCUCAGAAAGUACACCAUAUAUAGGUGGUAAGGAUGGACCGAUAUCGCUUACCGAUACCAAAUAUUCGAUACCAAUGAUACCGAGGUCGGAUCGAAAAUUAUCGAUGCCAGCGAAGAGUAUCGAUUAUUUCGAUACUGCUCGUGACCUACCCACGCUUUAAUCUCCCGCGACUAACCGCUGAUAAGUAGCCGAAGGGCUCGAGAUGGUGCACGUGCGCAUUUGUGUGCAAUGUAGGAUUGCCCCCAGUGCAGUACAACUUUUCAGUGUGAAAUAGGACCCGAUUUUAUAAACUGUAAAUGUAACGUCACUCACUACCAUGGCAUCAAAAUCGCAACUCACAACAAUGUGCGCAUUACAAGAUCUGGAGUAACAAUAAUGAGUUGCAAACUACUAUGACUGAUUACUAAAGAAAAACCUCGAGCAAGAAAAGCAUUAAUUAGUUCUAAAGUAUGGCACCUCUGCGAGUGGUCCUGUAUACCAGGGAGUCUCUGAUGUAUCGAGUAUUGAAGCGCAGGAUCCAUAAUGAGUCAGGCACCCAUGUUCAGUUAUUAUCAGUGACGCGAGCAGUGACUGAUAACCUUUCAUCGUACGCCUUAUGAUCAUAAAUGCUAGUGAAAGAUGCAGAUUGCUUAAUAUACUAAGUAGUAGGAUUGUACCACUGCGGUGUUCUUCAUUUCCUCGAGAAAAUUAAAAAUGAGUAACAGUAAAUUGAAAUUUUUUUUACUUGUUUGACUGUCUUGCUGAUGCUAUUAUAAAGAACUGAACAGAAAACCGUGCGAGAGAGCCUUAAUUUAGUCAAUCAGAUCACGUGACUUACUAUGUAUUUCAAUGACCUCACAGUAUCGGUAUCGAUAUCGAAGAAAAAUUAAAUAUCGUACUCGGUAUCGUAUCGAUUCGAAAAAGACGUAUCGGCCCAUCCUUAAUAGGUAGUAGACUAAGAGACCUGGUUACCCUCGUAACUUCAAAGUGUUUGCAUUGCAGAUUUCUCAAAUGAUAUACUGUAUUUCUUGUCAGUAAACUUGUCUCCCGGU